GUUAAUUGUAAAACCCUAGCUAGGGUUUGGGCGUGUUCUUCCCGCAAUGGCAGCGUCCGACGACGAUGCGCUCCAGGUUCUCUCGGGCGAUGAUCAAGACGAUGGAGCGUAUUCCAGUGAUUUUGAGGAGGAAGAGGCAGAUUCUGGUGAGGAAGAGGCAGAUUUGGAUGAAGAAGAGGGAGAUUUUGACGAUGAAGAUGAAGAGGAUGAAGAUUCCGAUGAGGAGGACGGGGCUGCGGAUGGGAAUGUGGAGGCCAACGACUCGGCGAAUCACGAGGAAAUUCGCGAGGCGCUACUGGAUUACAUUGGAAACGGCAAUGCUGGAGCUGACGGUGAUGAAGAAUCUGAUGAUCGCGAAGCCGCCGACGAGAGCGAUUCUUCCGAAGACGAGGCUCCUCCACGGAACACUGUCGGAGAAAUUCCCUUAGAGUUUUACAAAGACGAGGAACACAUUGGCUACGAUAGAGCUGGCCGCAAGCUGAAGAAGCAAGCACGGAAGGAUCAACUGGAUUCUUUUCUCGAUCGUAGUGAUGAUCCAAAGGACUGGCAUAAAGUCUAUGACGAGUAUAACGAUGAAUAUGUCGAACUUACGAAAGAAGAGAUGGGUAUGAUCUCGAGAAUUCGCCAGGGGAAGCUACCACACGCGGAAGUUGAUGCAUAUCAGCCUUAUGUGGAUUGGUUCGACUGGGACGGAAAAGGCCAUCCAUUGUCAAAUGCUCCUGAGCCUAAACGUCGCUUUAUUCCCUCCAAAUGGGAAGCUAAAAAGGUUGUCAAACUCGUUCGUGCUUUGAGAAAAGGAUGGAUUAAAUUGGACAAACCGAAAGAGAAACCUCGAUUUUAUUUAAUGUGGGGAGAUGACCUGAAAGUUAACGAGAAAACAGCCAACGGUCUUGCCUACAUCCCAGCACCAAAGGCCAAGCUUCCAGGUCACGAAGAGUCAUACAAUCCCCCAGUCGAGUAUAUCCCAUCUGAAGAGGAAAUUAAUUCUUAUCAGCUUAUGUAUGAAGAGGAUCGACCAAAAUUUAUUCCAAAGAAGUUCGAUAGUCUUCGUCAUGUUCCUGCUUAUGCUGAGUUUAUCAAGGAAAUAUUUGAGCGUUGCUUGGAUUUAUAUCUGUGCCCCCGAACACGCAAAAAACGGUUGAAUAUCGAUCCGGAUUCCCUUCUUCCAAAACUUCCCAAACCAAAAGAUUUGCAGCCUUAUCCAACAACGUGCUUUCUAGAAUACAAAGGGCAUACGGGUGCCGUUUCGUCCAUCAGUGCGGAUCCUACUGGAGAGUGGCUAUUAUCAGGAUCGCGGGAUGGAACUGUUAGAGUCUGGGAGGUGCAAACCGGAAGGUGUAAAAAGGUUUGGGACAUGGGUGGCAGCGUGUUUUGUGUUGCCUGGAACCCGAAUCCAGCGUUACCUGUUGUCGCGAUCGCAGUGAGCAACGACGUGGUGUUACUUGAUCCAGAAGUUGGAGAUGAAGAAGUCCAAUUGAAUAUUGCCAAGCUGUUAGCUGUCCAGCCGAGUACUUCGGAACCUACGGAAAAUACUCCAUUGAUCGGCUGGAAAAGGCACGACAAGCUUCGCGGCAUCCAACUGUCUCAUCAGCAGAACGUUGUGCGGGUUUCAUGGCACAAUAAAGGCGAUUAUUUUGUCUCAGUUUCUCCAGAUGGCAACAACAGAGCUGUUUUGGUACAUCAACUAUCAAAGCAGCAAAGUCAAAACCCUUUCCGCAAGCAUCAUGGCCGUGUUGCUGAUGUGCUUUUCCAUCCAGCAAGGCCGUUUAUGUUUGUGGCAACGAAAAUGCAUGUCCGUGUAUACAACCUUGCGAAGCAGGAGCUGUCGAAGAAGCUGAUCACUGGUCUUCAGGAAAUUUCGUCGAUGGCUUUACACUCGGGAGGGGACAAUUUAAUUCUCGGAAGCAAGGGUGCAAAGCUGUGCUGGUUCGACAUGGACCUCUCAGUGAAACCUUACAAAACCAUCAAGAAUCAUAAGGAAGACAUCAAUGCGGUAGCUUUUCACAAGUCAUACCCGCUGUUUGCAUCAUGCUCAGACGAUUUGUCAACGCAUGUCUUCCACGGCAUGGUAUACUCCGAUCUCAUGCAGAACCCCUUGAUCGUUCCAUUGAAGAUCCUCCACGGCCACCAGAAAGGUGAGAGAUCCCCCUCAGGAAGCAGCAUGCUCCAGUCUUACCCCGCCACAUCUCCAGGUGUAUCGGACAUCAAGUUCCAUCCAACGCAGCCGUGGCUUUUCACGGCCGGAGCAGACUCAGUUAUAAAACUCUUCUGCAACUGAAGUGGUAGGGAAGGCAGAUCGAUCAACCCAUGAAAACCGAAAGCAACCGCCAGAGAACGAGAUCGGAUGGAGCAGAAAAAAUCGGUCAGUGUUCGUAAGUCUCGAAUGGGAGCGGCAACAGCAGCAGCAGCAGCAGACGGAGGUGGUGGUGUUUUGUUUCGCGCCGAUGAAACGAUUAAACUGGACAAGCGGGAAAAGGAUUGAGAGUGAUCAUACGCUGACAACGGCGCAGAAUCUGGGGACCACGCGGGCAGCGUUUUGACUUUGCGGGGGGGCAUUAUUGCACGUGGCCGUUUUCGUUUUCUACUGCUGCUGCUGCUGCUGCUGCUGCUGCUGUGCUACUACACUACUACAAAAACUACGAGCAACGCAACAAGACUUCGCUACAGCUCACAAGGCCUGUUUGUGUUUCGCUUUGCUUUCGACUCUUUCGUUUUCACGACCCAGUUCUCUCUCUCUCUCUCUCUCUCUUGUGUUUUUUUUAAAGAGUUUUAUUGGGGACAUGCUCUACAGGCGGCACCCCGCUUGCAAACAGACGAGCAGUUUUCUUUGCGUA